GAGGAGUGUGACAUAUACAUGUUGAAAACAUGUAUAUGCGGGGCUGCAUGUGAGCUGAAACAAUGUCUGCGUGUGUGAGGCACCUAAUGUUACGUAACUUUCACCUUAAGUCCUGUGACUGUGCACGCAUCUCCAACUAUUUAACUGACAAGACAACUGCAUGUUUCAUUCUCAACUACUUGAGUGCUGAAGAGAAGCCAAGGAGGAUAUAUACUAUUGCAGCUCUUUACUGUUACAUGUGCAUAUCUGUUUGGACUUAUCCAUAGCAAACUGCUACUACAUCUCCAUGUGAGUAUGGAACCACUGUUGCUUUUUACAAGAUAUUUAUAAAGUCUAGGGUUGCAAGUUUCCUAAGGUGGUCUCAAUAGCAUUUUGCAUGUGCCACUUAAAAUCUUCUAAAACAUGUGUUGCUAGCACAUUAAUUUUGCAUUUUCCAUUUGUAAGGUUUGACAAACACAUUAGUACUGUCAUUUCUGAGUUGUGUACUGUGACCACAUUGUCUAGUUUUGAUCGAGGAGUGUGACAUAUACAUGUUGAAAACAUGCACAUGCGGGGCUGCAUGUGAGCUGAAACAAUGUCUGCAUGUGUGAGGCGCCUAAUGUUACGUAACUUUCACCUUAAGUCCUGUGACUGUGCACGCUUCUCCAACUAUUUAACUGACAAGACAACUGCAUGUUUCAUUCCCAACUACUUGAGUGCUGAAGAGAAGCCAAGGAGGAUACUAUUGCAGCUCUUUACUGUUACAUGUGCAUAUCUGUUUGGACUCUACUACAUCUCCAUGUGAGUAUGGAACCACUGCUUGCAAGUUUCCUAAGGUGGCCUCAAUAGCAUUUUACAUGUGCCACUGAAAAUGUUCUAUUGCACAUAACAGGGUAUCAUGUCAAAAUCAUUACACCGUUUGUAUUCGAUGCAGUUCAACUGAAGCAGGCGUCGACUAGACUGGAGACCCAGCAGAGACAGAUGGAGGAUCUGCAGCAGAGAUUUCUUUACUUCUCCUUGCAAAUAAACUCCACUAUCCAGUGAUAACUGAUAAGCUGUCCUAAUCAAAGAUGGACUGUCAUCCAGCAAUGCAUAAGGGGAUUUUUGUUAUGUAACAUUGCAUAAAGGCCCAGAGUGGACUGGAAGCUAAGACUACUAAACUGCAGCAAGAGAACUCCAGAGAAUGAAGACCAAGAUCUCCCAAUUGGAGCAUCACCCUCAUGAAGCCGGGCAUCUCAGUUCUCUCACUGUUGGACCAGGCCAUCAGCGACACCUUCCCUCCACUGGGGAGGAGGGAGAGGGAGCUUUGCCACGAGAUGGAAGAGGAGGAUGUUGGGCUGAACACGUCACUUCUGCAGGGACUAAGGAGGAUCCAGGAAAGGGAGGAGUGCGGUGCCACAGGGUGUAAAGUGGGUGUGGCUUCUCUGAGCGAUGUGUCAGGGACGGGGAGACGUUGCCGAUUAGUGGGGAUUUACCACGAUUCCCACGGGCUAGCUUGUGGGUGGAAGUCACUGGAGGAAAUGAACUCUGACCUUGUCAAAUCACCCAUUCCCUCGCCCCCUGUUCUACCGACAUAUGCAACGACUCCAGACCAUUCCACCCUGUGCUGCAUGGUCACGGUCCCAUGUCACCAUGCUCCAUUCCAAUCCCCCAACAGUUGUCCAUGUCGCAACUUACACAGAGCACAAGUACCACAACAACAGUCACGGACCCCAUCACCACGGCAACCGUCGUCAUGGAUACCACCAACUUUUUGAAUCGCCAUAGGAACCAGGAUGACGUGGUGUUCCCCGGCAACAGUAAUAGCAACCGCUCGUCGCCGUAUGGGUUCCUCGGUACCAUGGCAACGCCAGACUCCAGAGUGGGUGAGAGUGAUUUCUCAACUGGACGGCAGAGCAGGCUGUCCCGGGAUGGGGAGUGUGUUGUCCCGUCUGGCGAUGUACUGGAGGAGGGAGUGAGAGCUCAACCCCGCUGCCGGUCGGUGGGAUGGGGUACUACGGAGUGGAUGGGGGAGAGUGGGGGAAUUACUCCGAGGUCAGACAGCUCGCUUAGUCUCCGCAGCUGCUCAAGCAGUGACUCCAGUGUCAUGGGUGACACAGUCAUCCAGUGCGGAUCGUCCACUGUCGUCGUCGUCUCCACCUCGGGGAAGAAAUCACCCAAUCCCGACCACACCCAGGUGAAGCUGUUUGUCAAGUACAUGCCACACUGCUGCAGUCCUGAAAAAGCUGUCUCCCUGUUCCUGGUGUACGGGAAAGUCCAUCUCCUGGAGUACCACUCUGAACACAGAGAUAAACUCUUCCUCAUCAUGGACAGAGAAGGAGGGCUGCAGGCCAUGUCUGGUCUCAAUGGAACAAGGCUGCCAGGAAGUCCCAAACCUCUCUCCGUACAACUCUACAGAUCUGUGCCAGUCUCGACUACACCAAUCGUCCAGAGAGCUGACAGCAUCACUGCUGACAAGACCCUCCGAGUAAGGAUGUGUACAGUAUUUUAUAUUGGGUCAUUAAAAAAAACAGUAACCAACCAGUCGUUCGGAAACUGUUAUGGCGCAUACAUGUAUUUAGUGUACUCUUUUAUAUAUUGUCCUGACACACACGAGUUAAAGGUCUUCAAGGCUGAGAAAAACCUGUUACAAGCUACUGUAGAGACUGGGCAAUUGUACUAUGUAUGUAUGGUGAAUACUUCUACUGUAUGUAUAUACAGUCAGGGGAAUCUUACUCAUUCGUUUUUUUCCCUCAGCUGUUUGUCAAGAACGUCAAAUCAAACACGACGACGGAAGAGAUUUCUGAGCUGUUUUCCGUCUACGGACGAGUGUUUGACGUGCAAAAAGCAUCCAAACAGACGCAGUGUUGCCUUUGUGGUGAGUGCCCCAUAGUACCAUACAACAGUUACUUGCCCCGGAAUCAACAACUUCCUGUUCUUUUAU